UUCUGACUCUGAUAUACUCAGCAAGAAGCCAUGGUGAUCUCUGCGCAAGACAAAGCCAACCUCAGGACUAUCUGGGACAAGGUUGCUGGUCGCGCCGACUAUGGCGCAGAAGCCAUAGGAAGGUUGUUUGAGAGCUUCCCCCCCACCAAGACCUACUUCCCUCACUUUGAUGUAAGCAAGAGCUCCCCCCAGGUCCAGACUCACGGCAAGAAGGUAAUGGAUGCACUGACUCAUGCUGUAAACCAUAUCGAUGACCUGCCUGGUGCCUUGUCCGAUCUAAGUGACCUGCAUGCCCACAAGCUGCGUGUGGAUCCCGCCAACUUCAAGCUCCUGAGCCACUGCCUGCUGGUGACCUUGGCUAUCCACCACCCUACUGAUUUCACCCCUGCAGUGCAUGCCUCUCUGGACAAAUUCCUUGCCUCUGUGAGCACUGUGCUGACCUCCAAGUACCGUUAAGCUGCCUUCUGCUGGCCCUACCUUCUAGCCAGGCCCUUCUUCCCUCCUUGCACCUGUGCCUCUUGGUCUUUGAAUAAAGGCUGAG